GCUAGUUCAUCGCGAGGCAAAAGAGGUUGCAAGAUGAAGAUGCUCUUGUACAUCAUYCUAUUUACUGCAGCUAGCUGUGCAUCAGCUCAAAGGUACUUUAUUWCAGCUCCAAACGUCUUUCACGUGGGUACUCCAGUAAACGUCUCUGUUACCGUCUUUGGAAUCAAUUCACCGAUAACAGUACGACUUUUUCUUCAAGACUUUCCAUAUAGACGAAAAACAUUCUCUUCCGUUCAAGCAGUAUUUCAAAAAGAUGUUCCACAGUUCCUCACAGUAAGGGUUGAUCCCGAGAACACUCGUGACCAAGCAGCAGUAGAUAAACAAUACGUUUAUCUUGUUGCCAAAUCUGAUGAUCAAACAUUACGAUUCCACAAGGAAACCAAAAUACUGCUUAGUUUCAAGGAUGGCGUUAUCCUUAUUCAAACCGAUAAACCCAUCUACACGCCGAAACAAAGGGUCAAAAUCCGUGUUAUACCGCUUGGUUUUGACCUGAUGCCCACCACAAAAAAGGUCGGUUAUCAUCUUAAUUCCUUUAAGCUAUUAUUAUUACCAACAUUCUCCGUCAAGAUCAGUGGUCCUUCAGUGAUACUUCCYACUGAUAAAUUAUGUUCUGUGUACAUAGCAAGCAGUUAUACCCAUGGAAAGUCCGUGCAAGGAACUUUAGCAGUUCGUAUCAAAAUUGUUGGCAUGAAGCAAGAACCCAUUCUUAUAAGUUCAUACAGAAUGCKAAUUCGGAAAGGUCUUGCAACAAUAACGAUCAAACAACGUCACAUAAUGGAUUUACCGGGCAACAUUUGGUUUCCCGAAGGAAGKCGUCUCCAARUCGAGGCUGAUGUAACAGAAUCAUCGACUGGUAUCACUGAACAUGCAAUAGAAAACUCCAUCUUUUUCUCCUCUUCUAAAUACCGCAUCAAGUUCUACAAAACAGCCAAAUACUUCAAACCAGGCAUGCCGUUUUCUGUCAAGGUCAUAGUGUCGUUUCCUGAUGAUAAGCCUGCGYCAAAMAUCGAUGUCARAAUUUCSGYUUCUUCGAUCAAUAGCGACGGUUCAGCGACCGAAGUUGGUCGACAUGCGGGUGAUGGUAAAUCUGAGGCGAAGAAAGAUAGUACCGGGACUGACGGCCAGGCAGAGUUACGAAUUGAUAUYCCACGAGAUGCUAAGAUACUCAAAGUCAAGGUAGAAACAGUUGAAAAAGGUUUGCCGCUGAACCAGAGUGCUGUCAAGGAACUAAUAACGCGUGUUUACACGUCCAAUAGCAAUGAAUAUUUGAUGUUAAGGCAGACAAGCUCUGCUAGUGUUGGCAAGACCGUCUUCUGUUAUGCAACAUUCCUUACUAACAACGAAGUUAAUAAACUAUCGUAUAUGGUUGUAUCCCGGGGACAAAUCGUGCACCAUAAUGUCUUAGUUAAUAAGUUUGGUUUGGGUGCAACGAUAAGUUUUCAAAUUACAAGUAUGAUGUCACCAUCUGCUCGCUUGGUUGCGUAUUACAUAUCAUCAGGAGGAGAAGUGAUUGCUGAUUCUAUCUUAUUGGAAGUUGACGRUUCUUUACCAAACCAGAUUCAAAUCAUCGAAGAUAAGGAAACCAAAGACCCCAGUUUAUCAUGGAGACCAGGAGAACCGUAUAUUAUUAAAGUACUGGGAAGAAAAGGCACUCGCGUGGGGAUUCUAGGGGUUGACAAAAGUGUCUACCUGUUACGGAAUGACAGUAGUUUAACUCCAAAGCGURUGUUUGACGAGCUAGAGAAUCUCGAUCUUGGAUGCGGAGUUGGAAGUGGCAAAGAUACGCAAGGAAUUUUUAAGAAUGCUGGCAUUGCUGUUAUUGCUCCAUCACUCGCAACCCCUGGACGUCAAGAUUUCAUAUGUGAUGACCCUCUUCCGAGACAAAAAAGGUCUGUCAUCCAAAACAUGGGGGCUUUAGCGAGAAGUGGAGAUUUUGAAGAUUUUGGAGAUUUUGGAGACUUUGCCGGCCCCUCGGACGACGAACUAAUCGAGAUGACUCAAGUACGAAGCUAUUUUCCAGAGACUUGGAUUUACGAAGAAAAGGUUAUAGGAGAUGAAGAAAACCACAUUGAUUGCCAGAAAUACUUGCAAAAGGACCAAUGUGGCAGAGCAAUGCUAGUAGCAACCUUACCACAUACCAUCACAAGUUGGGUUGUACAGGCUGUUGCUGUUUCUAACACCUCAGGAUUUGGAAUUGCAAAGCCGUUAAAUAURAAAACCUUUCAACGUUUCUUCAUGCGUUUCACGAUGCCAUACUCUGCUCAACUUGGCGAACAGAUAUCGAUCCUAGCCACUGUAUAUAACUACCAAARCACAGAAGGAGCGAUAUUCUGCCGAACCUGUCCCGAAGUUAACCGCGUGGAAUGUCCAAGAGCAUUACUGUCGAUCGGUGUGUUACAAGACAGAAAACAGGCUUCUGAAGGAAAUCAAGACUUGAAUAAAGCGAAAAACGCAAGUUUUCGCAGUGAACGUACCUUUGAUAGAUCCAAAAAGACACAAUAUGAUAUUAUUCUAGUAGAAGUUCCUAAAGAAAGCAUUCCGGAAUCUGUUGGCGCCAUGAUAUACUUUACCGGUAAUAUGAUUGGACCGGCUGUUACUAAUUUGAUCAGCGGAGGACUAGAGAGCCUUUUACGCAUGCCCACUGGAUGUGGUGAACAAACCAUGAUAUACAUGUCCCCCAAUGUGUACGUCCUACAGUACCUCACCAACACGAGACAAGUAACAGCAAGCGUUGAGGAGAAAGCUUACAAGUUUAUCCAGUCAGGCUAUCAACGUGAACUCAACUAUCGAAGAUCUGAUCAUUCGUUUAGUGCAUGGGGAGAAAGAACUCCUGGAAGUACAUGGCUGACAGCUUUCGUUCUUAAAGUAUUUUGUCAAGCCAGUAGGUUUGAUGGCGUGCAGAUUGACCAGGAUCUCCUUUGUCAGUCUGUUGACUGGCUAGUUCAAAACCAACGUGCAGAUGGCGCCUYCCCAGAAAUCGCAUCUGUAUACCAUAGAGAAAUGGUGGGUGGUGCGUAUCAAAGUCAUAGCGACAUUGCAAUGACAGCAUUCGUGGUCACCGCUCUAAUGGAAUGUAAAUGCAACGGCUUGCUUAAAACAGCUGAAAUCACGAGGGCUAUUACUUUUCUUGAAAAUAAUAUGGCGAACAUUAACAACAAACCUUACCAUUUGGCUCUAACAACGUAUGCUUUAGCGAUGGCAAACAGUCCGGCAAGAAUCAGAGCUAAUGAUCAGCUUGUACAACUCGCUCUGCACAAUUCAGCUACCUCUAGCCGWCACUGGAAUGCUGGUGGUCAUGCGCUCAACAUAGAGACCGCUGCAUACGCGUUGCUGGCUCAAGUCAAAAUGAAUCGACUAAAGUACGCAGGACCUAUUGUAAUCUGGYUGACAGAGCAAAAAAAUUCAGGCGGAGGAUUUCAGUCCACUACUGAUACAUGCGUGGCACUUCAGGCCCUGGCAGUUUACAGUGAGCAAAAACCGGAAGUAAAGUUAGACCUGAAAGUCACAAUCCGGUCAGAGCUGGGCCAAAACRUCAAUUUAUUCAAACAGCUCAAGAUAAACAAGGAAAAUGCCUUAUUACAGCAAUCAGUUGAUAUAUUUGAAUACUUAGGAGGAGACAUAUUUGUAGAUACGGUUGGUWCAGGUGUUGCACAAAUGCAGGUCGACGUGAAGUAUAAUGUUCCAUCAACGAGAAAAGAUCGGUGCGACUUCAUGGUGAGUGUUACAGUAAGUGAAGAUGGCAAUGGACGAACACUGACAAGAUUACCACUGAAUGAUGCUCCAGCACUUGCACCCACAAGAAAACCAAGAGGCAAGAAGAACAUCAAAAAGAACAAGAAAAAUAGGAAUAAGCCUAACAAAAACAAGAAGCCUAAGAAAAGCAAGAAGUCUAACAAAAACAAGAAGGGAAACAAAAACAAGAAGGGAAACAAAAACAAGAAGGGAAACAAAAACAAGAAGGGAAACAAAAACAAGAAGGGAAACAAAAACAGGAAGGGAAAUAAAAACAAGAAACCUAAGAAAAACAAGAAGCCUAACGAGCAAUCGCACAAAGGAAAACCCCUCAUCAUAAGAGUUUGCGCACAAUAUAAAAAACCUGGAAAGACAGGAAUGUCUAUUAUAGACGUUGGGUUAUUUACCGGAUACGAAGUGGACAUCAACUCAGUGAAAGAGAUGGAGAAAAAUGGAACCAUUGCUAAUUACGAACUUUCUCAAAGAUCAAUUGUGUUUUACUUGGAUGAGAUUGAUAGUGCAAGGCAAGUUUGCGUGGCACUCAAGGUAUCGCCCAUAAUYGCMGUUGAUGCCGUUUAUCCUGUCCCUGUGAAAGUCUACAACUACUACGAACCCGAUGAGGCCUGCAUUAAAUUUUAUAGCUUGGAUAAUUCUUCCCUUGUCAUGGGCAGCUGCGAAGGAAAAUCUUGUAAAUGUACUCAAGAUAAAUGCACAGCCCCAAACCCAAGCAUCAGUAAUUUGAAUAAACUGGUUCGACAAGUAUGCAGSMUGUAUAACUAUGUAAUCAAGGUCGAGGUACUUCUUGUAGAUGAACAAAAUACUUGGCUGACGUACAACGUGGUGGUUAUACAAGUCAUCAAACAAGGAAAUACCGUACUAAAGAGCCGACAGGUCAUCGAAUUGCGCAAGAGAGGUAUGUGYAAUAGUCCAAGACUCAAAAAGGGUGACAUCUUGUUGGUGAUGGGACGAGACAAGUCUGGCAAGUACAUUCUGGAUAACAGUGCAUUUGUCAAGAAAUGGAGAGGAAGAGACUCUCGACAACUUGACACGUUGGUCAGAAGGAUUGCUGAUGGGAAAUGUCCAUAGAUCAGCUGACAGCAGCACGUGAUGGUAUAGCUACAUGCUAUACUAUCGAACUCCAUAAAGAUAUACGCGUUAGAAUCAGGACAAUGAAAUGGUUGAGUUUUAAUUCAGGACGCUCUAUCUAGAGAUUUUAGCUGGUAGAGGGGACACUAACAGGUGCAUGCAACGCAUUUAAAUGUCAAAGAGCUUUACAAUAUUUAGUAAAUGCCCUAGAAUAUUAUAUCAAUGAGAAUAAAAAAUAAAUCAUCAUAAUGGUU